GGCGUCUGCUAUUGUCAUAUUUGACCUCGUGUGCUCAUGUAGCGUAAAUCUCACCUGCGACUGGUACGGUCUCCGACGUGCCUGCGCUGCCUGCAUUUACCCGCACGAGGUCGAUCGAGAACGGGCUGGAGACUCCAAUCAGCCGACAGUAGUAAACUUAAGCUGAUGUCUGUCAUUUAACUUCAAGAUCAAGAUUAAUACAGGUGCGUAUUUCCCUUCAAAGUAUCACUGGGGUAGUUCCUUAAAAAUGGAAUUGGCUGUGACAUCUAGCAAAUCAACUCUGGAAGAAGACCAACCAGCCAGCUCCAAGCUUAGUCUCUUGAAGCAGGGAGCGGAAGCUAGGAUUUACAAGAGUACCUUCAUGGGUCGUAGCUCCAUUGUGAAGCAGAGAUUCAAGAAAGCCUACAGACACCCAAAGCUGGAUGCUAAACUAUCACACAAACGAACUGGUCAGGAGGUCAGGACUAUUGUCAAAUGUAGGAAGGCUGGAAUUACUACACCUGUGGUAUACUUUUUCGACAAUGAGACUCAUUCUAUUCACAUGGAAUACGUAGAGGACUCCCUCACAGUCCGUGAGUACAUCCAGCAGAUUCAGAGCUCCGGAGCAUCUAUCGACGAUGAAAGACUGGUAUCACUAGCGUCUAAGAUUGGAGCAACCCUAGCAUCUAUGCAUAGUGUGGAUGUCAUCCAUGGUGAUCUAACAACCUCAAAUAUGCUUCUACGUCAGCCGUAUGAGGAAUCGCAUCUGAUCAUGAUCGAUUUUGGACUCAGCCAGAUAUCACAUCUGUGGGAGGACAAAGGGGUGGAUCUGUACGUGUUGGAGAGGGCUUUUCUAAGCUCACACCCAAACACUGAGGAGCUGUUUAAGAGAGUCCUUGAUGUCUAUACAGAGAACUACAAGAAGUCUGGAGAUGUGAUGAAGAAGUUGGAGGAAGUAAGGCAACGCGGCAGGAAGAGGGUGAUGGUCGGGUAGCAGCUAUAAUCAACCGCAGUUUAUCAUGUUGUACAUAUAUAUUUCAUUUUGUUAACAUGAGAGAAGUCUCGAGAACGUCCGAUCAUAAUUGUUUGUGACUCGUCAACCCCAAACCAACAAUAAGUAGCCCAAAUUUAAUUUUGAGAUUUUUAUUUGAACUUGAAAAAAAAAUCCUAAGUUUUAAAGUGAGAUAGAUAUUCCUUUUCAAAGUAUACCAACAAUAAUAUGCAGAAGUACUUGAUUGAAUGUAGAAGAAAUUCUGUGACACUGACUUUAAAGAUUGAGAAAACAAGAUUUGAAGUUUGGGGUUCACUCUAUCAUGAGAUGUGCACACUGCACAAUCUUUGUGAAACAUGUGAGCAAUCCAGAGAAAAAGUUGUGUCAAAGAAUCUUGUGUGUCUCGUCUUCUAUUUAUCUUUACAAUUUUGACAGUGAAGAAGCAUAUUUCUUCAGAUAAGCUAAUAUUCACAUUUUUACCUUAUGAAGAGAUUUUGGCUAUUUACAGAGAACCUUUCCAGGUGACUUAUUGUUGAUUUGGGGGUGGUGGAUUGCUAAUAGUGGUGACACAAAGUUUUCCCCCACAAUAAUCACUAAUGGCUCCUUUAUCAGAAAACAAGGGAUAAGGAUGGGGAUAGAACUUUUAUGAAAUAAUGAUUAGAUGUAGGUUAAUAAGUUGAGAGUAAGUUUGUUGAAUGAAUAAACAUACUUUUAAUGAAUAAAUAUGCUUCUGAUUGAAUGACUAUCACAGCCAAGGGUAAACCACAAUAACUAAACCUUUCGAAAUAAAUUGAAAUCUAAAAUGGCAAUGAAUAGAUUUUCCGUACACUGCCUAAGAGCACCCAGCUGGCAAACCACUUGAGUGGCUAAAUGUGUCACAUAGAAACCAAGCCCAAAUUCAUAACGGUAUUGGUGGAACCUUUUUCACCAAAUCUUACAAGAUUUUAAGAAACUAGUGACUGCUCAGCUUGAACAGCUAUGUAUGACUGGAAGGAUUGCAAAUAUUGAAUUUAAAGGGAUGGUCAGGGCUGAAAAUAUUUAUAUCUAAAUGAAUAGAAUAAAAUUCACAGAGCAAAAUGCUGAAAAUUUCACCAAAAUUGGAUAACAAAUAACGAAGUUAUUUAAUUUUAAAGUUUAUCAAUAUUUUAUGAAAACACUUAUAUGCACAUCAUCAUGAAUAUUCAUUAGGUGGGCUGAUGUCACAUCUCCACUUUCCUUUUUCUUAUGUUAUUACAUGAAAUCAUAAAUGUUUCAUUUUUUCAUACAUGUGUAAAUGAUGUCUCCAUUAUGAUCAAAUAAGUUGCGGCAAUAAAUAAUUAAUGCACUUAAUCAGUUUUCAAUCCAACUGUUUUUGUUAUGUAAUAAAAUACAAAAGAACAAGUGGGGAUAUGACAUCAUCAGCCCACCUAAUGAAUAUUCAUAAAGACAUGCCUGAACUGUUUCACCGGAAUAAUGCAAAUCUUUAAAAUUCAAUAACUUUGUUAUUUGUUAUCUGAUUUCGAUCAAAUUUUCAGGCUUUUGCUCUUUGAAUUUUACUCUAUUUAUUGAGAUAGAUAUAUCUCCAGCCUGGACCAUCCCUUUAAAUGAAUUAGUGAUUUUUAAUUCAAAUAGAGUUACUGCCUGCCUUUAUUUCCAUUGGAGCAACUACCUUCAUUUCCAUUGAACUACAACCAAACACUUCACAGAUGGAAUCAUCAUGGUAUAGGCGAUUCGUUAGUGAACCAAUGCCAUCAAUCAUGUAUUUAAAAAAAAAAAAGUGAUUUGAGCAAAAUUUGACAUCUUUAUGUUUAAGAGCAGUCAUUCUCAAUUACAUUUUGGAGGUGCUCCACAUUUCUUGUUGAGAAUCUGUACUGCUCCACUAGUGCUAAUGAGCGAAAUAUUGCUGAGGGCCAGCUAGGGCCCCUGGUGGGCUCGAGGGGGCGGAGCCCCUUGAAGCUUCGGAAUAUGAGGCUUUUUAAAUGGCCAAGAGGGGAUCUAAUUAAUAUCAAUACAAGAAACACAAAUGCAAACAAACUACACGAUUUAGUAUUUUUCAAAUGAUAAGUGACUUUUCACAACAUACCAUUGAUACCGCUAGUUCACGAGGGCAUGCACAUAUCACAGCAGGCAAUACCUUGCAACAUUUCCCUUUCACAACCUUGGAUUUUAAAUAAUCGGCUUUGGAAACAAAGUUUCUGAUUUUCAAUAUGACUAAAACUCCUUCUGUGAAAAUUUUUUCGUGAUGCCGAAUUAAUAUGCAAAUUAAGAACUUUAUUUUAUAUCUGUAUAUAAUUUAUGUCACCACAUUUUCCGAUAUGAUGUGUUUUGCCAGGAGUCCAAGUUGUUGAUUAAAAGCAUGGCUUGUCAAGUAUAAGAAUGUUAAAUUAUGUAUUUAUUGUCAUCAUUUCAAAUGCUGCAUCUGAGCAAUUCCAUCAAUUUUCAAUGCAUAAUCUGGAAAUGUGAAAUUACUAGCCGUAGAAAAUAGUUGAAAACGUGAUAGAUAUCCAACCGACGAACGGGGCUAUCAGAUCACUUGUGAUCAUAGAGAUAAUUUGUAUAGGCCUACCUAUAUCAUGAUGCACAUACCGACUAUUGACAGUCGCACAUGAGUCCAUAAACCAAGCAUAUAAAAACCAUAACGUUAGAAUAAAUAAAAAUAAAAUCAAUGAAGUUUAAAGUAUAACUUACUUGUUUUUUCCCUUUGUGUAAAAUUAUCAUCAAUCAUCAAUUUAUAUACAUAUUUUCCCAAUUUUUUCAUACCGGCUCCCACGCGCCACUCCGCAAGGCUCGUUGCGCCACAAGUGGUGCGCGCGCCGCUGUUUGAGAAUCCCUGUUUUAGAGGUUUUUUUACAUUUGUGGUGAAAGUUUGAUGAAUUGUAAGAAAAUAUUGCAAUUGAUAUGAUGGAAACUUUAAAAAGUAUUUGGUAGUAUGUUUCACUACAACAGCUUUUAAAGUAAUUAUAACUUGAAACCCUUGUGCAAUAUAAGAGUGCAUUUUUUCUAUGUGUAGUUAUCAAAGACAAGACUUUCUAAUGAAGAUGUCUAAUUGCAGAAAUAUCUAGGUUGAAUUUGCAAAUCAGAAAUUAAUUGAUUUCAGUAGUACUCACACAAUAUCACUGAUUCCAUGCAUUCAAAUUGCCUGUAUGUUGUACUUUAUCUUAAACCCUUUGGUGAUUUCUUUCUGUGUACAUCAUAAAGUGUGAUGUAAGUUUAAGGUGAAUGUGAAAUUUGGAAAUAAUCAAAACAUGUUGAAUGCAUUUUGGGCCAUUUAUUCUCCACUAGAAAUGUUUUUAAUGUGGAUUGGCUAAAGGCUGGUAUACCACUGAUCAUAUAUACAUACUGGACACCUCAAAUGAUCACAUGAAUAAUACAAUUCGGGUAUUUUAACAUAGAUUUACAUUAUAUUUAUGAUCAUGAUUCAUUAAUUUACAGACAAUGAAAUACAAGAUGCAUACAUGUAUACAAUUACAUAUUGGCUCUCGAACUUAAAAUAUAAUAUGACAUGACAAAAUUCUUUAUAUUUCGUAGUCACAAAGUCUAUAAUAUAUUUGGUCCAUGUAAAAUACAAUUUUUUAAAGUAAAUGCAUUAAAUAUUUAAUUCAAUUCUAUAUUAUUACAAUGUUCUUUGAAUCAAAAGUUCUGAGAACUAUACAAAAAAUAGCAGCAUUGCAUGUCAUUGAAAAUAUAUUAUUUCAGGUAUAAUUCAGGCAUAACCAGUUUUUGUCGGCUUUGUUGGUAAUGCGUCCAUCUCACAACCGGAAGGACAGGAAAGACGUUAAAAAUGGUGAAAAACGCUUGCUGCUGCUACCCCGUUUGGCGUUCAACAGUUUAAGGGAUAGGGCAACAUUGAUCAGGCACUGCUCAGUGGCUGCUGGGCCCCAAGAUCAAUUUAUUCAGAUUUCUAUUUUGAACAAUUUGGAGUUUCUGCUUCUUUUUUUUUAUAUGGGUUGUCUUAGCUUCAAUGGUGUGACAAAAGUGUCCUCAUGAUAAAAUAUAACCUCCACUCUAACAAGAAAACUCAAA